CACGCACUACCUAACUGGUUCAGAUCAAUGUUGAAGAGUUUUUGACUUGAGAGUUCAGUUUUCAUAUAUCGUCUCUUGACGGUGGAAGGCCAUCAACCGAAUUAUUCAUUCAUAAACAGUAGUUCUUUUUCGCGAUUUCUUGAAAUCUUGUCUCCGAAGGUUAUAUUUAAGAUGAAUCAUUUUUUUCGAUAGUUUGCAGUAAUUUCUAGUUUUGUAUUAUUAAUUUAUUGAACGUAGAAAUAAUCUCGCAGGCCUCGUACAGUGUCAGGCGCUUGCAGAUUUCAUCAUCAAAUAAUCGAUCUAUCAGGGUAAAAACGAGAUAAUUAUUUCGCAUCUGGAACGGCUCUCCUCUAAAUUGGCUAGCGAAAUGCCUACCGUCAUCGCCUGAAGAAACCCCUAGAGAAGGCAUUGCGUGAAUUACAGUCAUCAAAGUUCAGUUUGCACCUUUACGCUUCAUGUUUUGAUUGAUUGGAUUGGAGCCAACCACAAUCCAUUCAUAGCGGAAUCGAUCCACGAGUGAAAGUGCGCUGGCUGUAAAGCAGCGGGGACUGGAAACAGAACAGAUGGCUAACAAACUUCAGGAUCGUUCCUUCGUCGAUGAUUACUUCGCCAACCUAAAUGACCUGUCCCGGAAGAUCAGCUUGGACAUCGGAGAAGUGAAGGCAACCUACGAACACAUCUGGGACGACCUUAGCCGUGAAGAGCAGGCAGAGAUCAUCAACGAAACCUUGAUAAAGCCGGAGCUGACACUGAAGUAUUUCGACAACUUUUCCACCUCGUCCGAUUCGUUCGACAACAUCAUAGGAGCGGACGAAAAUAGCGACGAUCGGAAGGUCAACCUUUACGAUGGUAGAUCGCUGCAUACCUUCCAAUACUUGAAAACGGGACGCAAAGUUAUCCACGAUGAUUCGGUUGGAUUGUUUCGCGAUGAACAUUCGUUCCCGUUUUCGCACAAAACCAAAAGUCAAAUCAAUCUCACGAUAUUUCCUCUGAAUAAGGACAAGUUUUAUGAAAAGAAAACCAACUUGGCCAAGAAGCUAGAGAAGACAAAAUAUUCGGCAACGAGCAGAGACUCAACCACAACAGCACCGUUGGAGACGAAGACCAUCAGUAAAGUUGUAGCGGAACAGGCUUCAUCCUAUGAUGAGGAAAAUAACGUUAUUCAGGCACUGAAAAGUAACGGGGCAACAAACUAUCUGACCAACUUUAUAUGCGGUCAAGCCAUUGGCGGUACAUCGCCAAUAAUAGUCGGCGAUGAAGUCGAUGAACAGUCUUUGGAAAACAUAGGAUUCGAUGAUGAUAAGAUUAACCUGUUUCGGCACAGUUCUCGAAGUGAUAGUCUGCAUCAGGCUCAGUCUUCCUCCGUCGAGGAAGACGACAAGAACUUCGACGAGCUGAACAGUUUGCUAGGCACCAGCAAAGGUUUCGAUUUUCUAAACAACUGGUAAAAUGCAUGUUCCCAUGAUAUUUUAUCUUUUUGUUUUUUUUUAAUAACCUGAGCUAAUCUUUCUUGAAUCUCUUCUUUCGUUCCUAUCUAGUCUAUUUUUUGAAUAAUUUUUUGAAACUUUUUGUUUGAGAAACCAAAUCAAUCAACUCUUAUACUCCAAAACAUCCUUUUCUCAAAUCAUAAGUCCAUGAAUAUACUCACAACUCAUGACACCACAAUUCGAUUAUGCGGGGCAUGAACAACCGCAACUGACUGAUAAUCGAAGUUUUCGUCACGGCGAAAUGAUGCACUCUUCUAUGUGGAAGAAUAUACCUCAACCUUUUUUUUCGAGCUUGUUUCAAGGCUCAUUGUGUGUGUGGUUGCUUUCAACACCUUAAUCGUUUAAUCGUCUUCGGUUUGGAAGAUUGAAAUAAAUGAUGAAAAUUACUU